AUGACUACAGCUGCCGAUGUUACAUCUUCGCUCGCGAAGGCAUCCCUAGACGACGCAUCGACCGCUCAAUCACCUUCUGUCCUGCUCGCGCAAGUGUCUACAACAUCGCAAGAGACCUCGUCAGCCGACGGAGGCGCAGCCGCCCCGGCCAUUAAACCAGCUCAGGAGGGCGCGCACGUCCAGGUCGUCACGCCCUGGGACGUCGAGGGCGCCGUUACGGACGAUGGCAAGCAGCUCGCGAUCGACUACGACAAGCUCGUUGACCAGUUCGGUACGCGGAGGGUGGAUGCGGCGGUCCUGGAGCGAUUCGAGCGGUUGACGGGCCAUCAUCCACACGUGUUCCUGAAGAGAGGGAUGUUCUUCUCGCACCGUGACUUCGAUAAGAUUCUGGAUCGCUACGAGCAAGGAAAGCCAUUCUUCCUGUACACCGGGCGGGGGCCGAGUAGCGAUAGCAUGCAUCUGGGGCACAUGGUGCCCUUCGUUUUCACAAAAUGGUUGCAGGACGUCUUUGAUGUACCUUUGGUCGUACAAUUGACUGACGACGAGAAGUUUCUCUUCAAACAUGAGCUCAAGCCUGAGCAGACGUACGAGUUCGCACGACGGAAUGCGCGGGAUAUCAUCGCCGUCGGGUUCGACCUCAAGAAGACGUUCAUCUUCAGCGACUACGACUACGUCGGAGGCGCGUUCUACAGGAACGUCUCCAAGAUCUCCCGCCAAAUCACCAUCAACCAGGCGAAGGCUACGUUCGGCUUCAACGACUCCGACAACAUCGGCAAGAUCCACUUCGCCUCUAUCCAAGCCGCGCCCUCCUUCUCCAACUCCUUCCCGCACAUCUUCGGCACCGUCUCGAACAUCCCCUGCCUCAUCCCCUGCGCGAUCGACCAGGACCCGUACUUCCGCCUCACGCGCGACGUCGCCGUCAAGCUCAAGUAUCCCAAGCCCGCGCUCCUCCACUCCAAGUUCUUCCCCGCGCUCCAGGGCCCGCAGACGAAGAUGAGCGCGUCGGACGUGAACUCGAGUAUCUACAUGAGCGACACGCCUGCGCAGAUCAAGAACAAGAUCAACCGCCAUGGUUUCUCGGGGGGACAGGAGACGGAGGAGGAGCAUAGGCGCUUGGGCGGGAACCCGGAUGUGGAUGUUGCGUAUCAGUACCUGGGCUUCUUCAUGGAGGACGAGGAGGAAUGGGUAAAGCUAGGAGAGGAGUACCGAGCUGGUCGCUUGUUGACCGGCCAGUUGAAGGCGAAAUGUAUUCAGCUCCUGCAAGACUUCAUCAAGAACUUCCAGGAGCGGAAAGCAAAGGUUACCGAUGCGGAUAUCAACGCAUUCAUGGACUCGAGUCGCAAGAUUGAGCCUACAUAUGGCAAGAGCAAGGCCGCCCCCGCAUCGUGA